AUGCGAGGAGGGAUAUGGAGUAGUGUGCAUUCUAGGCAUUGCCUGGUCUGCGCCCGAUACUCCUUGCUGUUGUUCCUGAACGCCAAGAGGCCAAUCAUCAUGAGGCGUAUGGCCUUCACCACGGUUGCAUACACCGAGCGAGGUCUUUACCACCCAGGCUGUGCCGGUGGGCCGUGUAUCGUAGAGCAACCAGCCUCAUUGGGUCAACCGUAUUAUCCAAAUUCGAUCAUUGUCACCAAAGGCGUCACACCCGGCUCUGGACCCCUGAUAAGCCUUUUGGGACUCGACCGUCGUGGAACCUAUUGUCGACUGUUCCUUAAACGACAGGAAUCCCAGAGUCGGGACCGCUGA